AUGGAACAUAGUUUGGACAAAUACUAUCAUCUUGCCAAAGAACCAGGCUAUCGUUAUAGAGCAGCAUGGAAACUAAUACAACUUGAUAAAAAAUACAGUUUUCUACAUUCAUCACAAUCAGUUCUUGAUCUUUGUGCAGCACCUGGUGGUUGGAUGCAAGUUGCUGUUAAACAUGUACCUGUUGGUAGUCUUGUUAUCGGUGUAGAUUUAGACCCAAUUAGACCUAUUCAAGGUGCUAUAUCUGUUCAAGAAGAUAUUACUACACCUAAAGGUAGGUCGUCUACUAUUAAGAAACUUAUGGCUGAAAAUGGAUGUAGAGCUUUUGAUUUGGUGCUUCAUGAUGGUUCACCUAAUGUUGGUGGUGCUUGGGCUAAAGAAGCUACAAGUCAGAAUUCUCUUGUUAUUGAUUCUAUUAAACUUGCUACUGAAUUGUUGGCUCCUAAAGGCACUUUUGUUACUAAGAAUUCUCUAGUUGUGUAUCUAAAAGUUGGUAGUCUUGUUAUUGGUGUAUUCGCGGUGCUAUAUCUGUUCAUGAAGGGACUUUUGUAA